AGCACUGGGAUGCCCCGAAGAAUCUUGCAUGGUGAAUACGGCCUGCUCUUGCGAACCCAUCUACCUCUCGCGCUUGAGCAGAAGACGGGGGCGCCACCCGAACGUGUGGAACUCCCCCUCCGCAGGCGUUGAUGUCGGCGGGAGCGGCGUUUCGGCAGCAGGAGCGGGGUUUUGGCGGGAACAGCGCCCCGACCAGCCGCCGAGUUGGCGGGAACAGCGCCCCGACCAGCCGCCGAGUUGGCGGCCCCACCGCGUGGCCCGCAUGCCCGGGCCUCCCCCGCUAGCCCCCGCAGAGACGACGGUGUCCUCUCCCCACAGCUCCAUCGCUCCGUUCCCAAUGGCGGCGAAGCAGCGGUGCGAUGCCAGUCCUGCCGCUCCGCGUGCAGCGCCAUCUCUCUCUGUCACCGGGGCUGCCAUCCCCGGGGCUGUCCGAAGGAUGGUCGUCACACCGUCCCCGUCGUACGAAGGCGUCCAGAACUUGGCCCUUUGCCGUAAGCGGUUGCUGGCGUGCAUCUCUGAGAGGUCUUGUGUGCUAGACUUGAUCGGUCACGCAACACCCAGUCGUCUAAGUCAUACGACUCCUUCUGCCAAAUGGAGCCCAGAUCCUAUUGGCCCACUGUCCCCAGAGUGCGCCCGCGUGCUGGAAGAAGCUGCACAAGGUCAGAAGGAGGUGAUGGCAAUCCGCUCUGAGAUUAGUCACGUGAUCAAGAAGGUGGCUCACCUGCAGAGCAGAGCACGCCAGCGUGUGACACAAGGUUUGGGCCAGAAGCUAGUGGAGACCAACUGCCUCGCGCGAGCGCUGCAAGUGAGCGCAGGCCACACACGCAUGGCAAUCCACCAAGCACAGAGGUGGCAUGCGGCGAUCUCAACAGCACAAGGGUACAUAGAGGGUCCCAAGAGAUACGGUGACAUUCCACUGAGAAAGCGUUUGGAUCGACCCAUGGUCAAAGUUUACCAGAGGCACCCGGGAACUCAGCUGCCUGAAGCAACUGGAAUCUUACAGGCAGGGGAAGGGCUGUCCCAUUCUCUUGCUGCAUGCAAAGGGGACCUGGAACAACUCGUGAGCGCUCAGCACAUGUUAGCUGCUGACUUACGCGACAAGGUGGCUGCCACUCGGGUAGAUGCAGAAGCUGCUCGUUUUAGAAGGCGGUGUGCCACCUUCCGCUACUAGCAGAGUAAAACAUUCACCGGCACACGUUUGCCUUCUCAAGAAUGUCAACAAUCUGAGCAUUUGUUGAUUGUGUGUAAUUUAAAGUGUUUAAUUGUUCUGACAAUUCCCUCAUAUUGUUAAAUUCUCUUGAUGUCAGAUACAAAUUAGAGAGCGGCACGCUUAGAUUUUUGCCUUUAAACAUAAAUCAAUGCUAUUGGCGUGAUGUGCAGAGUGUUAUUUUCUUCAAUAUCAUAACAUACAGUACACACCCAGUCCUGUUUCAUUGUUUUAAAGUAAUUAUACAUUUC